AUGUCGGAGCGCGCGCAUGAAUGCCGUCCCGCUCAAAGAGCCGACGCUGACCUGCGCUCUUUUUCUACUUCUGCUGGUGAAAGACACCGGCCCCGUCGCUCUGGUUCUGGUUUUGGCUCGGUGGGAUACAAUAUGAGUGAUAGUAGGGACCCUGAGAAGCGUCUGUCCGGCGUGGUGCUUUCUUCUUCGCCGUUGCCUGUGCCUGCUUUGUCGUGUGGUUCGCCUUCGCCGUCUAUUUCGUCAGUUGAUACUGCUGGGUCUGGAAGUGCAUUUGGUGGACAUGGAUAUGAAGAUGGUGAUGGAGAUCAAAAUCGGGAUGAAGACUUUUAUAUCCUCGAGGACGAUGGUAGGGCGCCGUUGAUCACCACUGCUGCCAGUGGCGCAGAGCCGUCUGCGCCGUCGCGCGUUUCCUUGUCGUCGUGGGGGACGGCUGCUCCAUCGGUAUCAUCAGCAUCGCCAUCUCUGUCGGCGCCUAGUAUUGAGCAGCGCACGUAUGUCUGUCUCUUCCAUAUGCUGGACUGCCACGAGUCUUUCGACGAUGAUGCGCAGUGGCAAACGCAUGUCUGCAGUCACUUCCGGUCACACCCUACGCCACCGACGGCGAGAUGUCCACUCUGUCCGAGUACGAAGUUCGUCGAUGGGAUCGCGGAGCCUAUAUCAUCGCCCGUUCUGGAGGAUGGCGAGUCGGUGCGCAGCGAGAACAUCAUUAUGGCGGGUCCUGGAGCUGGAGCUGGAUUCGGCCAACCCUCGGCUUGGGAUAGAAUGCUUGAUCAUGUUGCUGCUGAGCAUUACCGGCUUGGUCAGACAUUAGCGGGGAGUCGGCCAGAUUUCGAGCUAAUGCGUUAUCUGUAUGGGCUGCGGGUUAUCACUGAUGCGCAGUUUAAGGCUAUGCAGUUGCCGCCUGCACCGUCGAGUCCGGCUUAUCAUCGCUCGCAGGAUGGAGUCAGGGCCAGUAUUGGGUCGGCGGACGAGCCUUAUUUGAGCAAACAAGACAAACUCACCGCCCUUGAUGACGGCCCUUUGCGACUUCGAUUCUUACCUCGCGACUGUCUACAGCAUGAGAACAGCCUGAUUCAAUCUCCGAUCCUCCUUGUCUCUCUCAUUCUCCCUCUAUCCGCCAAAUCCUGCCCCUCCACCGAACUCGAGUUCGGAUUCGGAUCGAUUUCUUCCCCGCCAACCCACCUCAAAUCCCCAGACAUGGAGCGGCUAUCUUUAAACGAAAGCCCUGCCAAUGCGCAGCGGAACCCCCAACAGCAACAGCAGCAAUCCUCUCAGCAAAAUGCCCUUGGCCCCGCUAGCUCCCAAGAACGUGGUGGCCCGCCCCAAUUACCGCCUCAGAUGUUCACCACCGCCGCACAGCUGCUCGACCUAACAGAUAAGAAACUCGUCCUCAUCCUCCGCGACGGGCGGAAACUUAUCGGCGUUUUGCGAAGCUGGGACCAGUUCGCGAACCUUGUCUUCCAGGAAACGAUUGAGCGCAUCUACGCGGGGGGUCUUUACGCCGAUGUCAACCGGGGGAUUUUCAUUGUCCGCGGAGAGAAUGUGCUCCUUCUAGGCGAAGUGGACCUUGACCGCGAAGAUGAUAUCCCUCCUACCCUGACCCAGGCGCCAUUCGAAGAAGUCUUCGAACUUAAGAAGAAGGAAGACGAGAAGCGGAGCGCAGGCGAAAAGAAGCGGUACAAGGAGCUACAAGCUCUCGGCUUCGAGCCUGAGCAUAGUGGCGAGAUUCUGUUCUAA